AUGGCGCCCUCAAAAGAAGUUGUCGCUACCGGCUCUAAGGCUGUCGCCACGAUUGACCCUGAUCAGACCCUCAAAGCUUCAAAGGCUCUUCUGUCACACAUCAAGAAGGCUUCCAAGCAAAAGGUGGAAGAGACUGGCAAGCACAACCUCCUCGACGACGAUGAGAACGCCAGCACCCCCGUUUGGCUCAACUUGACCACCAAGCGCCACAUCGUCGACAAGGCCCGUCUGCAGCCCGGCAAGAUCGCCCUUCCUCACUCGCUCAACACCGACGAGUCCACAACCAUCUGCCUUAUCGUCGCCGAGCCUCAGCGCGCCUACAAGAACAUUGUUGCCUCUGACGAGUUCCCUGAAGACCUCCGAAAGCGCAUUGUCCGUGUCGUUGACUACGGCAAGCUCAAGGCCAAGUACAGCCAGUACGAGGCCCAGAGGAAACUCUUCAACGAAGCCGAUAUCUUCCUUGGUGAUGAGCGCAUCAUCAACCGACUACCCAAGGCUCUCGGCAAGACCUUUUACAAGACAACCCAGAAGCGACCGGUUCCCGUCAACUUCCAGGCCAAGGUCACCAAGGUCGACGGAAAGCGACAGAAGCGCGUUAAGAAUGAGGACGAAGUCAACGCUGGUACACCCGCCGAGAUUGCCAAGGAGGUCAAGAAGGCUCUCAACUCUGCCUUUGUCAGCCUUACUCCUUCAACAAACACUUCCAUCAAGGUCGGAUACUCUGGUUGGACAGCCGAACAGAUCGCCGAGAAUGUCGACGCUGUUGUUACUGGUAUGAUCGCAAAGUGGAUUCCUCAGAAGUGGAACAACAUGAAGAGCAUCUACAUCAAGGGUCCCGAGACUGCUGCUCUCCCAAUCUGGUUGACCGAUGAGCUCUGGGUCGAUGAGAAGGACGUUAUUGCCGAGGACGAGGCGACCAAGGCUGAGAAGGCCAACAUCGGCAAGAAGCGCAAGUCGCUCGACAACGCUUCUGAGGCCGAGGCUCCUGCUCCUACCAAGAAGGCCAAGAAGCAGAAGGCGGCCCUCGAGGCCGACGACGAUAAGCUUGACAAGCAAAUCUCUGAUCGCAAGACUCGAUUGAGAAAGCAAAAGGCAUCGGCCAAGAAGGCUAUUGAGAACUAA